GUGUGCGCCGUGCAGAUCGUGCUGAGCCGCUGGGAGCGGAGGGCCAUGACAGUCACAGUCAGGCAUGGUGUGGCUAAAGCUGCAUGGACAGAAACAAAAAUCCUAAUUGGCAGAGCAUUGAGGUCUAUACACACAAACUGCUUUGUUGUGUUAAAGUAGUUCUGGUGACUAUAGAGUCUUUUUAAAGCUAAAAAUGGCUGUAAAACUCCUCUAUAUUUCAGCACUGGCCUCAACUAGAAUCAGAGUGCAGUGUUUGGACAAAGCAAGUCAUCCAGUGACUCGUGGAUAAUAAACUAGAAAAUGGUGAAGGCACUUAGGACCUGCUUGGAUCAGGUCUCAGAGAUGGACUAUCAGUUGAAUGGACAGGUAAAGUGUGAGUUUGAGGAAGUGGCCGUUUACUUCUCCGAGGAGGAGUGGGACUAUUUAAAUUAUGAAGAGAAGGAGCUUUAUCGGGAUGUGAUGAUGGAGAAUUACCAGACCCUCAGCUCUCUGGGAAGGAUUCACAUGACGCCUUUGAUUAUAUCAGCGAUUGAGCGAGGGGAAGAGCCGUAUGUCAGGAGCCACCUGCAGGAUAGUCUUUUGAAUACUGGCCCAGGUGGUUCCAUCAUCAGAUGUUAUGUUGAGGAAUGUCACAAGAACACAAAUUCACUAAGAACGAGUAUAAAUAAAUAUUUUCUUAAAACUACCAAAUACUCUAACUUACAAAAACCAGUGACUCCUUCGGAAUCGUGUGUGUCUACAGAAGAGAGAAGCAGAGAAGCAAAACCUUUCUCAUGUUCUGAAUGUGGGAAAUGUUUUCGUUAUUAUUCAAAAUUUUCGACACACCUGAGAACUCACACUGGAGAAAAACCUUACUCAUGUUCUGAAUGUGGAAUUUUUUUUAGACAGCGUGCUCAACUCAUUAUACAUCAGAGAACUCACCGGGGGGAGAAACCAUUCUUGUGUUCUGAAUGUGGGAAAUGUUUUAGUCGUAAAUCAAGUCUUGUUACACAUGGGAGAACUCACACUGGGUUAAAACCUUAUUCAUGUUCUGAGUGUGGAAAAUAUUUUACCAUGCAUUCAAAUCUUGUUAUACAUUGUAGAACUCAUACUGGUGAAAAACCUUACUCAUGUUCUGAAUGUGGGAAAUGCUUCAUACAGCACUCACAUCUGACUUUACAUCAGAGAUCUCACACAGGGGAGACAAAGCCUUUUUCAUGUUCUGAAUGCCAAAAAUGUUUUACGUAUAACGCACAGCUGGUUAUUCAUCAGAGAACUCAUAGUGGAGCAAGACCAUUCUCAUGUUCUGAAUGUGGGAAAUGUUUUAGCCAACUUUCAUCCCUUGGUAAACAUCAAAGAAUUCACACAGGGGAGAAACCAUUCUCGUGUUCUGAAUGUGGAAAAUGUUUUAGCCGUAAGUCGAGUCUUGCUACACAUGGGAGAACUCACACAGGAGUAAAACCUUAUUCAUGUUCUGAGUGUGGAAAGUGUUUCAGCAUGCAUUCUAAUCUUGUUAUACAUCAUAGAACUCAUACUGGUGAAAAACCUUACUCAUGUUCAGAAUGUGGGAAAUGCUUUAUUCAGCAGUCACAUCUUAUUUUACAUCAGAGAUCUCACACAGGGGAGGAGAAACCUUUUUCUUGUUCUGAAUGCCAAAAAUGUUUUACGUAUAACUCACAACUUGUUAUUCAUCAGAGAACUCAUAGUGGAGCAAGACCGUUUGCAUGUUCGGAAUGUGGGAAAUGUUUUAGCCAACUUUCAUACCUUGUUAAACAUCAGAGAACUCACACAGGGGAGAAACCAUUCUCUUGUUCUGACUGUCAGAAACUGUUUAAUCGGCAUUCAAAUCUUCUUAGACAUCAGGAAACCCACACUGGAGCAAAACCAUUCUUAUGCUCUGACUGUGGUCAGCGGUUUAAUCAACAUUCAGAUCUUGUUAUACACCAGAGAACUCACACAGGUGAGAAACCAUUCUCAUGCUCUGAAUGUGGGAAAUGCUUUAUUCGGCAGGCUAGUCUUGGUAAACACCAGAGAACUCACAGAGGAGAGAAACCAUUUUCAUGCUCUGAAUGCAGGAAAUGUUUUACACGCCAUGCAAAUCUUAUUAUACACCAGAGAAUUCACACAGGGGAAAAACCUUACUCAUGUUCUCAAUGUGGGAGAUGUUUUAGCCGGCACUCAAAUCUUAUUACACAUCAGAGAACUCACACAGGCGAGAAACCUUACCCAUGUUCUCAAUGUGGGAAAUAUUUUACCAGGCAUGCAAAUCUUAUUAUACAUCAAAGAGCUCACACAACAGGGGCCUUUUUCUCAUAUCCUUAAUAGGGAACAUGUUUUAGGCUCAGCGUUAAAAUCCUACACAGGAGAUAAUCUCUCUUAUACAUUCCCUCAUUUAAGGUUUAUACUCUGUGUGAUUUGUUGAUGUCUAUGAAGAGCACUUAAAUCGUAUAAAGCUUCACUGAAGGAACACUCUUUGUGAACUGUAGCGGGUAUGGUGCCAAGAGUGUCCUGGAAAUCCUCCCCCCUAAGGAGUCAAAUGUAUUGUAACUGAUUGACUUUUUACCUGGUGUCCACUGGGUGCUCCUAUACAUGUCCUCUCUCUCUCAAAAUCUCUCUUCACUGAACUAAAUCCAGAGACUAGGUUUGCAGAGAGCAGCCAAUGUGCUGCAUAUUUUAUGAGCUAAUGGAAGCUCGGGUGGGGGGGGCAUCAGCACGACACUCGUGGCACCAUAAUCCAAACAGUGCAUUGUAGUGGUUAUGGUGCUUAGAGUAUUCCUUUCAUAAAUACUAUAACUGUUAUUUAUGCCUUGUUUACCAUCUGAAAUUUUACAUUGCAUCAAAGCCUUUGUCAUGGUCAGGGCCGCCAUCAGGGCAUGACAACCAUGACA